AUGAGCAAGAAGGAAAUGAUGAGCGUCAAAGUAGGAGAGGCCAUGAGGAAUCUGCAAAAGGUAGAGAGUGUGUCGCAAGAGAUCCCUCUCGAGCGAUCUGCAUCAAACGAACGCGCUGCGACUAACGAUGCGCCCAGUCAGAUCCGCUUGGCCGACGAUGUCGAGUCGGACGCUGAAUCUGACAGCCAGACUCCAGCUGGGACAAUGGUCGCUGCGGUGCCGGAUAUCGACGGAUUCGAGGUACAUUUCGGCUCUCACGGAGACAAGAGACAUGCGCAGGUCAUCAGUCAGCUCUACCCGACAGCCAAGGAGGGCAGCGUCAGGGAGCUGGAGUGGCAAGAUGCGCACGGCUCUUCUCAUGAGAGCGUAGUAAAGGCUCUAGGAAAGGAAGCCAGUCGAUCGAUGGUCAAAGGGUUCGACACUGCGAUCGCUAGAGUGAGCGAAUAGACAGUCUCGCUGUUCUGAGCAGGUCUGCCCAUUCAUCCUAACCACGCCACAUGUCCCGCAGCCCCAUGUCAAUGCCCACACGAGCCUGCUCAAAGCCAGGAAAGGAGCUCCCUUUUCCCCCUCCCAAUCCGCACUCGCAGACCUUCUCGGCUCCCACGCGGAUCUCUUGGACACGCGCGCGCUGGACCGCAAGGCUCAGAAAGAUCGCAGGCAGGUGCUAGCUCUGCACGCCAUGAGCCAUCUGAUCAAGUGAGUCUUCGCUCCGACCCAGCCGCACAAUGCAGGCACGACGCGCUGACAGUGGGGGAUACGCAUGUGCAGGACAAGACGCAAAAUCCUUCGCAAUAAUGAAAGAUUGGCAAAAGCUUCUUCGGAAGGUCGAUCGAUAGACGUGCCGCGCGAUCAAGGCUACACGAGGCCCACUCUUCUCGUUCUCUCGCCAUUCCGUUCCAGCGCCUACGUCUGGGUUCAAGCGCUCUUCGCAGCAAGUGGUCUAGAAACGCUUUCAGGUUCUGACCGUCUCUCAUCAGACUUUGGUCCCGAUCCCAGCGUCGCUCUCUCCUCCGAGGAGCUACCUGACAAGCCCAAAGACUUUGUGCAAACCUUUGCGGGCAAUACCGACGAUAACUUUCGGUUUGGAAUUCAGCUAAAGAGAAAAGAGAUGAGGCUCUGGACGGGCUGGUAUGCGAGCGACGUGAUCCUCGCUAGUCCGCUGGGACUCAGAUUGGCAUUGCAAAAAGACGGCGAUUCGGACUUUCUGAGCUCGAUUGAGAUGCUCGUUGUGGAUCAGGCAGAGGUGAUGAGUAUGCAGAAUUGGGAUCAUGUACAGGUAAGUCUCGCCUUUUUGGCCCCUGCUUUCGUGCCCGCCGACUGACGGACAAGUCUUUUUUGCAAAUAACAGUACGUCCUAUCGCGCACCUCCCAAAUACCCCAAGCGUCGCACGAUACCGACUUUUCUAGAGUGCGGCAAUGGUACUUGGAUGAUCGAGCGCUCAACAUCAGACAGACCAUCUUGCUUUCGAGCUACGAUAUGCCUGAGCUACGAGCGAUCUACAGAGGCUUGACAAACGUGGCUGGCAAGAUUAGGAGCGGACACACGUUCGAAGGAGUGCUGGGUGGCGUGAGGGAGGGACUCAGACAGGUGAGCGCUUCGUUCGGAGCGUCAAUGCGCGGAUCUCGGCGCGUCGCUGACCUCCACGCGCCUCGCAGACCUUUACCCGCUUCGACUGUGCGAACCUUAACAUGGAGCCGGAUGCGCGCUUUCAACAUUUCACGAGCAGGGUGAGCACAUUAUUGCCAAGGUCUUGAUUUUCGCUGCUCACGCUUCCUCAUUCUACUCUUGGCUCCUCCAUUCUCGCGCUCGUACAGACUCUGCCCAGCUUGCUCAAGUCUGCAGUGAGCGCGACAAAGACGGUCAUCUUUGUACCCUCCUACUUUGACUUUGUCAGGAUCGAAGAUCACAUGAAGAGAUGCGACUUGAGUUUCGAGGCCAUCUCCGAGUGAGUCGGAAUGAAGCAGCUGAUCCGGUUCAAGAGCUGUCCAGCUCACUUUGGCCUCUCCGAAUAGAUACUCGACGCCUCGCGAGGUGGCGCAAUCGAGACAAGCAUUCUUCACCGGCAAGAGGGCUUUCCUGAUCGUGACUGAGCGCUCGCAUUUCUACAAGCGCAACACCUAUCGAGGAGCUCAAACGCUCGUCUUUUACGCUCUACCCGAGAAUGCUCUUUUCUACUCUGAAAUUUUGCACUGGCCAUUCGUCCCGCCCAAGCCGAGGGUGGCAAAGGAUGGAAGGAUGAGGCAAAUUGCAAAAGAGAUUGCGAAACUGGACCCGACGGAAGUUGCCGCGCUGGCCGUCUUUUCAAAGUUUGACAGGUUCAGAUUGGAGAGGAUUGUGGGCGAUCGACAGGCUGCUAGGAUGAUCACAGAGGAGAGGAGCAAUUGGAAAUUUGCCUAG